CGGGUCGGCGUUGGGCUCAGCGAGCUCGAAACAAAGGAGUAUCCGGUAGGGACUCGGCGGGGCAGCCUCUGACGGGUCGUUGAGCGGUGGGGCGAAGCUUCUCGGCCAACCAGUGUCCUCACCGCCUGGUCUCAGACGGCUUCUCUGCGGUUCCCCACAGCCAGCGCCGCGGUGGGGGGCCCGGCGCAGCGGCACCUGCUGCUGAGGGACCCCGCGGCCCGCCCAGGUGCUCAUGAUGGGGCUCAUCUUCGCUAAACUGUGGAGCCUCUUCUGUAAUCAAGAACACAAAGUAAUUAUAGUGGGACUGGAUAAUGCAGGGAAAACCACCAUUCUUUAUCAAUUCUUGAUGAAUGAAGUGGUUCAUACUUCUCCAACCAUAGGAAGCAAUGUUGAAGAAAUAGUUGUGAAGAACACUCAUUUUCUUAUGUGGGAUAUUGGUGGUCAAGAGUCACUGCGGUCAUCCUGGAACACAUAUUACUCAAACACAGAGUUCAUCAUUCUUGUUGUUGAUAGCAUUGACAGGGAACGACUAGCUAUUACGAAAGAAGAAUUAUAUAGAAUGUUGGCUCAUGAGGAUUUACGGAAGGCUGCAGUUCUUAUCUUUGCAAAUAAACAGGAUAUGAAGGGGUGUAUGACAGCAGCUGAAAUCUCUAAGUACCUCACCCUUAGUUCAAUUAAGGACCAUCCUUGGCACAUUCAGUCCUGCUGUGCUUUAACAGGAGAAGGGUUAUGUCAAGGUCUAGAGUGGAUGACUUCCCGGAUUGGCGUGAGAUAACUUUUUUGCUUGAAAGAGACUGCUCUAUUUAUUCUGUGACAUGAACAUUUCUUCCUAGAACCUUCGGCUGCUAAGGCAGCAGCAUGUUUAAUUUAUAACAACACAAACCUCUAUGAGCAACACUUGAAUCAAGUGCAGCUGAACUGGAACAUGAAAGAUUUUUUUCUUAACUUUUUUUUAAUGCACUAAUCUUCAGUUGGAUGAACUUAAUGUAUAACUAUGUUUUCAGCAACAGAAUUCUUCUGACUGCUUAUUGUAAUUAGUCAGUGACUGCCUUGUAAGAAAUGUUUGUCAUAUCUUUAAUGUUUAGGUUUUCUGAAGUAUUGUUAUAACCUUAAUGACCAGUUUCUUUGAAUUCUUGACCACCAUUCACUCCCAACCAUUUAAUUACUGGUUUGAUAGUCAUAGUGGAAAUCAUCAGGUAGUGCUUGCAAACUUCUCCAGCACUAAAUAUUUGCUCCCUCUGUAAACCGUUUAUCUUUUGGACAGAACUUACAAAGAAAGAAAUGUGCCUAGAAGAUAUACAAUAAUGAAGAUUAAACAUCAUGAGUACUUACCUUUAAACAUCCCUGACCUUAUUGCAAGUCAUGGAGUAAUUUUAAGUCGCUAUUAGCAUGGAAAUGACAAAGGCUAUUAAUUUACCCAAAGGAAUUAAGUUCACUUUUCUGCCUACAACAUUUGGCCAAAAACUAAUCGUGGUAAAAUAUUUAUUUGAAAGCCCAGCUUCGAUGGUAAAUAUUGUUGGGUGAAUCUGGUAUUUUAAAAAUCUCACAUUAUUCAAUGCUGAUUAUAACUCUCGGAAGUUAUUAAAGGAUACCAGCACUAAAAAUAAGACACUUGGAAUAUAUUUUACUGUCAAUUUUCAAAUAACUUUAUAUCAGUAAAAAUUACAAUUAUUCUGUUUGCAAGAGACAUCACAUCUGCUUUGGACAUUAGCUAAAGCAGAAGUAUACACAGACAAUUUUACUUAUUAAAAUUUGGAAUUGUGUCUGCCAUAGUAUUUUUACCACCAGCAGUAUGUUACUUAAAAAACCAUGUGGCUUUUCUUAAAUCUGUAGAGGGUGUGUGUAAUAGGCUUAAAACAAUUGCCAUCUUUAUAGUUAUGCCUCAUAUUCUAAAAUCUUAUAGGAAACUGCUGAAUUUAAUCCUAGCUUUUAGAAU